UACUAGUAUGAUAGUUACGUCAAUGCUCAAUUCGUCAUCCACAAUUACAAAUUUGUGGGAUUUAGAAAAAAUUGGUAUUGACGAUCCUUGUGAAAAGCUAACAAAGGCCGAAGUCGAUGACCAAGUGCGGGAACAUUUUCGGCAGACCGUAUCAAGGGAUAGUGACGCUCAGAGAAGGUUAGAAAAUGCGACACAAAAGUUGAAAGCAGACGGAAAGUACAUGGACUACGAACAGGUAUUUAAACAAUGGUUAAACCUUGAUGUAAUAGAAGAAGUAAAAGGUGAAUGUGUAAGUUGUCAUUAUUUACCACACCGACCUGUGUACAAACCAGACAGUAGCACUACAAAGGUGCGACCGGUAUUUGACGCAUCAUGUUGUAGUGCAGGUGGCGCGUCAAGUCUUAAUCAAUGUUUAGCUAAGGGGCCCAAUCUGCUCGAACUUAUUCCUGACCUCCUCUUACGCUUUAGAGAAAAGUCAGUCGCUGCAACAGCUGAUAUUGAAAAAGCAUUUUUGAUGAUUGGAGUUAAGGAAGAUGAUCGAAACUUCCUACGGUUUCUCUGGUGGGAGGAUUCUACAUGUUCAGAUAUGAAAAUUUAUCGACAUAAGCGUGUCGUUUUUGGUGUUAACUGUAGUCCAUUCCUUUUAUCUGCAGUUAUUGAAUACCAUUUGCGAAGAGUUGAUCAGCAUCUUAGGUCAACAGCGGAUAAGUUAUUAACAACGUUAUAUGUUGAUAAUGUAGUUGCAUGUUUUGAUAACGUCGAAGAAUACAUGAAAUUCAAGAACGAGUCAACGCGUAUAAUGGCAGAAGCGAAAUUUUGUCUUCGAAUGUGGGAAAGUAACGUUGAUGAUUUUCUUGAACAGCUAGUAGUUACUAACGUAUUGGGAAUGAAGUGGAAUCGAAGGUCUGACACCUUGUCAUGUUUUCUAAACGUUAAAGGAGUUGAAAAAGCUACCACUAAACGAAUUAUUUUGGCCGAAGUAGCUAAAAUAUUUGAUCCGCUUGGAAUAUUAGCUCCUGUGACGUUAGUACCAAAGUUACUACUUCAGGAAACCUGGAAUUCAAAACUUGGUUGGGAUGAAUCUGUGUCAUCCGAAGUGUCGAGAAAAUUCCUUAAAUGGAAACAUGAUAUUGCGUUACUCAAUUUAUUAGAAAUUCCUCGUUGGGCUUGCAGAGGCAACAAACAAAGUUGGACUCUUCAUACAUUUUGUGACGCAAGUAAAAGUGGAUAUGCUGCCACAGUUUUUCUUCGAAGUGAAAUCAACGGUACAGGAAUGGUACAGCUAUUGAUGGCCAAAUCCAGAGUUGCUCCUUUAAAGGAUAUAACCAUUAAUAGGUUGGAAUUGAUUUCUUGCGAAAUUGGUAGUAGACUGUGUCAGACUGUAGAAAAUUCAUUAAAGUUGGAUGAUGUUAAUCGUUACUUCUGGACAGAUUCUACUACGGCAUUGUCUUGGAUAAAACGUAACGAUAACUGGGGAACCUUCGUAGGAAAUAGGGUGAAAAAGAUCCUUUCAAACACUGAACCAGAGGAAUGGCGACAUGUUCCUGGGUCCUUGAAUCCUGCGGAUUUGCCUUCUCGUGGGUGUGAUGCUCGUUCAUUAUUGGAGUCAAAGUGGUGGGAGGGACCAGCUUGGCUUAAAGAUGUUGAACAAUGGCCCAUCAAUAAAUAUGUCGAAAAUGAAGAUGAAGUUCAACAAGAGAGGAAGAGGAUGGUUACGGCGUUUAAUGCGGUGAUGAAGGAUGAGAUUCCUUGGUAUUUUCCUACGAAGUUUCUCACAGUUGAAGAACUUAGAGUUGCAGAGCAGAAAUUAUUGUUUAUGGUUCAGAAAGAAGUGUUUACAGAUAAAAAUAAGUCAUUUCCGUUUAAUGUGGAGAAAGAUACUAGUGGUCUAUUAAGAGUUAAAACCCGGAUAACAAUGAGGAAGGAUUCUGAUUAUUUUGUUCGACCUAUUCUGCUUCCUUCAAGACAUCCUGUUGUUGAUGCGCUUAUUCAUGAGGAUAAGUGUCAUGCAGGAGCUCAAUACAUCGUGUCCCACUUAAGAGAGAAGGCUUACGACAAAUGCAAUGAGCUGUUCUUUUCCUAA